GUCUCUUUGAAGUCUGAAAUCUGGCAGCUUAGAUAAAAUUAAAAAACGGGAAAUGAGCGAAGGGAACGGCACCACCGAGAAAGUGGUGAUCUGUGAGUUCGCCUGGCCACUUCUGGUGGCCUUCUUCGAGGUGGACCUGUACAGGAUCCUGCUGGAGCUGGUGGCCCACAUCCUGCUGGUCGUGGUGAUGCUAGCGGUGGUCAGGAAGUCCUGGGGAAUGGACGACCAGCGCAGCGGCCAGCACGCCCUGUACUCCGCGGUGGGUCUCUUCUGGUGCGUGGGCGAGGCCCUGCUGGUGUGCCACUCCUGGUGGCUGGGUGACCUGACCACCAAGGAGCGCCUCAGCCUGCUGCACAUGGCCCUGGGCAUGAUGGCGCUCUGGCUGGGAUUGGUGGGCGUUUUCUCGAAGAGUCUGGCCAAGAGCAGGAUCCUGGAGCCGCACUUCAACUCCAAGCACGGACUCUGUGGACUCCUGGGCUUCCUGCUCAUCGGUGGUUCCCUGGUCAGUGGACUGGUGCUGGUCUACAUCAGCGACCUGGCCCUGCACCUCACCCACCGACUGAUAAGUAUGACGGCCUUCAUCUUCCUCGGCUGCAGCCAGUGGUUCGCUUUUAAUCUGGGGUUCGCCCGCCGGGAGUGGAGCAGCUGGAAGAUUAGGUGGCUCAAGAUCGGCACUCUGGGAGCCACCAUUUCGGUGGCCAGCUACGAGCUCCUCUGCCUCGCCAGGGAUGUAGUCCACCUGCUGCCCAGGGAGUGGUUCACAGCCAUCAGGCUGAAGCAUAAGGAUGGCCUUAUGUUGGAUUGAUAUGUUUUUUAGUGUUUUUUGAUAGCUUAGAGCCGCCAAAGGUAGUCUUUAAAUAGUAAAUAUUUUAUUUCAUUAUUAAAUAAAUUGAAUUGAUAUUAA